GGACAGGACUACGAGCCCCGAGGUGCACGGCGGCGCUGGCGCGCCUGCGCGGCGGGGACUGGGGAGGAGUCGGAAGCAGCGAGGGGACCGCCUGUGGCGGCCGGGCCGGGUCGUGCGCCGCCAUGCCCCGGGACAACAUGGCCUCCCUGAUCCAGCGGGUGGCGCGGCAGGCGCGGAUCACCUUCCGCAGCCCGGCGGGGCCGACCUUCGGGGAGAACCUGCACCGGCUGCAGCAGCUGCUGGACGAGGUGCGCGCCGAGGACUUGCACUUGGCGCCGCGGGGGCCUUCGGCGGCAGCGGCGGCAGCGGGUGGGGGGCUGCCGUGGUCCGGCGUGGUGCCGCCCGUUAGCUACAUGCACAUCUGCGAGACGGAGAGCUUCAGCAUGGGCGUGUUCCUGCUGCGGAGCGGCGCCUGCAUCCCGCUGCACGACCACCCGGGCAUGAACGGCAUGCUGAAGGUGCUCUACGGCACUCUGCGCAUCGCCUGCUUGGACACGCUGCCCCCCGCCGCCGCCGCCGCCCCGCCACCCCCCGCAGCCGCCGCGGGGCCCUGCCACCGCGCCCUGUACCGCUCCCGCCAGCACUACACGCCGGCCUCCCCGCCCUGCCUGCUCUCGCCGCACACCGACAACCUCCACCAGAUCGACGCCGUGGACGGGCCCGCCGCCUUCCUCGACAUCCUGGCGCCGCCCUACGACCCCCAGCACGGCCGGGACUGCCACUACUACCGCUUGCUGGAGGGGCCGUUGCCGCAGGCGGGCGCCGAGCCGCCCGGGCUGCCGCGGGAGGUGUGGCUGAUGGAGACCCCGCAGGCCUCUGACUUCUGGUGCGGGGGAGAGCCCUACCCCGGGCCCCGCGUCUGCCUCUGAGGCGGCGGCCUGGUCCCGGCGGCGGCUGCUGGGACCUUCGGCGCUCGGCCCGCGCCCGCCUCAAGGACCGGCCUGCCGGAGUGGCCCGGAGCCGAGGUCGCGCUUCGCCGCGUGUCGCGGGACCGCGCUGGGGCUCCUCGGGAGCGCUACGAGGCAAAGAAUUCUUCUUUACACGGGCCUGGCGUGCUUCGCAAAUCGGGGAAAUAAAGCGCGUGUUUAUGUCCUUUGGGCUCGUGCGGAGAAGUAGCGGCACGGUUAAACUUGUGCUCAGCUGCAUGGCUGGGGAAACAUAAUCCAGCAUGCUGUGUACAUAGUUGCGGCCGCGCAUCAGUGAGGGGGUUCGGGCGCUGGCAGGGAAGGUAAAUGCGGUAAGCAUUGUUGCGGGGUGCCCUGACGUCCCAGGAGCUGUCCCCGCUGCCACAGCAACCUAGCACCGGUGUGGGACAGCCAGCCUGUGGAAUCCACCCACCCAGCCCGGGUAGGGGCUGGCUGGGCUGCAGCCUUUGGGGACGCCAUCACCAGAGCAGUUCUCAGCAAGAGGUGUACCUGCCAGCAGAAAACAAACCCCGAACGACUCCCAAGCCAGGACAUGCUCCACCCGUAAUCCCUAUGGCUGGAGCUAGGGGAAUUCCUGCUCAGAAGGGACACUGUUAGGUCCAGAGUUACUUUCUAAUAGUUCUUUCAAGCGUUGCAUACAAGAUAGCGCUAUUGCAACUGAGAACUGCAGAGUACGUCUAUGCAUAUUUCCUUCAGCUAGGAGGAGACUAGCCAGCUGCUAGCUACCCUUGCUCAGAACCUCUCAUGCAGCAGUGGUGGAGGGUAGCGGAAACUGGGCAUCUUGAGAGAAAAACAAUUCUCCACUGUUGUGUCAAGAAAGCUGUUCUAGAAACACGACGUAUUUGUGAACCCUAUAUAUACAGCAGUGCGCAUACACUAGGUACGCGCAGAUAAGAUUUGAUCUGCUGUCUUCUCUUUAAAGCAUGGCCUGUGUUUUUAUAUGGACAAGUGAAGGCUUUGGGCUUUUGAAGCCUUGCGGUUUUCCUCUUUAUACUAUUUAUAAAGACUACUUUUUCAUAAGGCUUUUAAAUAAACGUAGCAUAGAAGAGACACCAUGAGUUUUGCCUUGCUAUAAUGGAACCAGUCUGGAGAUGCAGUUUGCACAGGACAAGGGAUGCAGUCUUUCUAACAAGGGAGAACCUUUCUCUGCAGGUGAAGUACUCUGUCUGUACUGCAUGGACUGGUCUUCUGCCAUCAGCCUAACAUACACCUUGCACCACAAGCACAUGCUAGGGGAGCUUUGGCCCUCUUAGCCAUGAUGUGGGAAUUUGAAUAAGACAGCGACUUGCCAAUAUCCUAAGUGAUGUACCAACCUGCUCCAGAAAUCAUUCCACAAUUGGCUUUAAUUUUCCUUUGUGUAUUUAUAAAACAGACUUGUUUUUCCUGUACAGUGGCUUGUAUGUGUGAAUUUUUAAAUUAUUCUGAUAUAGCAUUGCCUUUGUUUUCUGGUUUUUUUUUGGCCUGUAAAAGAACGAAUGUAAAACACCGUCAGCAUUAUGCAUGCACAGAUUAAUUCCUUUGCAAGGAAAAACUGGUGGAAAUUAUUUUGGGUGAUUUCCAUUUAUUCUUACAGCACUUUAAGGUGCCUGAUAUUUCUGCAGCUGGCUUACCUGUUUUUCCUGGAAUUCCCCUGCAGUUUAGCGUUAGUUAAUAUUUAACAAUUAUCCAUCAAAUGUAGUCCUUAACUAUAAGGCAGUGCCUCCCUGUGUUACAGCCUGGGUCUAACCCUUGCCGAUGCUAAUGAAAAUCAUCAUCCUUUUUCAGAAGUUCACAAAGAUGGUGUGGUUCAUGCAAACAGCUGUACUGGAAAAACAGACUGCAAAAAGGAGCAUUUCUUAUCUCCUCUGCUCUGUCCUCCCAUUAGGUCUUUCUGCCUGUUUUUUAAUUUUUCUCUCUGUGUAUAAAACCUAGUUGAGAUGUUCAGUGGCACAGGACUUUAACACAUCUUUCCAUAGAGGACACCAUGGUACCUGAGGCUGUGGAGUGCCACUAACAACCGUGGCAAAACCCUACUUUUUUAGUGAAGGUGAUAGCAUCAAAGUAUUAAAGCUGAGGAAAAUGACAAAACCUGAAAUGCAUUAAAGAAAAGCCUCUUCGUGUAACUUCUUGCUUAUUCAGUAAUUGAAACUUACUUCAUAUUUUCUGGAUAUCUGUAAGCGGAAGGUUUAAGUCUAUAAUGUUGUUCCGUCUCUCUGCAGUCCAAUUAUUGUGUUUUCACAACAGCAAAAUUAGUGUUAUUGCUGAAUUUUAGAAUAAAUACAGGAUAUCUCA